GUGUGACUCUUCCCCCUCUGAGGGAUGACACGUACCCCGGUGUUGGAGCUCCUAACGCGCCGCUCGCACCGGGGCACUGUCCUCAGCCCGCAUGCGGCUCCGGUGCUCGGCGUGUGCCGGAGCCCCUCGGUCCGCGCGGGGCUGGAACAGCGCCACCGGGACUCCUUAACGUCACCUCCGUGUCCUUCCGCCGCGCCGCGCGUAUCGCUGCGCGCGGCCGGCGCUGCGGCCCGCGGCGUCACUUCCCGCGGAAGCGGAAGCGGAAGGCGGGCGGGACGCGGCCCGGCCGGGGCGAUGUCGGCCAGCGCCGUCUAUGUGCUGGACCUCAAGGGGAAGGUUCUGAUCUGUCGGAAUUACCGCGGCGAUGUGGACAUGUCCGAGGUGGAGCACUUCAUGCCAAUCCUCAUGGAGAAGGAAGAAGAGGGGACACUUUCUCCUAUCCUAGCACACGGAGGAGUUCGUUUCAUGUGGAUUAAACACAACAACCUGUACCUUGUUGCAACUUCUAAGAAAAAUGCUUGUGUAUCACUGGUGUUUUCAUUUUUAUAUAAAGUAGUUCAGGUUUUUUCUGAAUAUUUCAAGGAGUUGGAAGAAGAGAGCAUUAGGGAUAAUUUUGUUAUUAUUUAUGAGUUGUUAGACGAGCUUAUGGAUUUUGGUUAUCCACAGACCACUGAUAGUAAAAUUUUACAAGAGUACAUCACUCAGGAAGGCCACAAACUUGAAACUGGAGCCCCACGCCCGCCUGCCACUGUUACAAAUGCUGUCUCGUGGAGAUCAGAAGGGAUAAAAUACAGGAAAAACGAGGUGUUCCUGGAUGUCAUAGAGUCAGUUAACCUUUUGGUCAGUGCCAACGGGAACGUGUUACGGAGUGAGAUAGUUGGAUCCAUUAAAAUGAGAGUUUUCCUCUCAGGAAUGCCAGAGCUGCGCCUUGGGCUGAAUGACAAAGUUCUCUUUGAUAACACAGGCCGUGGGAAGAGCAAAUCAGUAGAACUGGAAGAUGUGAAGUUCCACCAGUGCGUUCGUCUCUCUCGCUUUGAGAACGACAGGACAAUCUCCUUCAUUCCACCUGAUGGGGAGUUUGAGCUCAUGUCAUAUCGUCUCAAUACCCACGUCAAGCCCCUGAUCUGGAUUGAGUCUGUGAUUGAGAAACAUUCCCACAGCCGCAUCGAGUACAUGAUCAAGGCAAAGAGUCAAUUUAAGCGUAGAUCAACUGCCAACAAUGUGGAGAUUCACAUCCCAGUUCCAAACGAUGCAGACUCGCCAAAGUUUAAAACCACUGUUGGAAGUGUCAAAUGGGUUCCAGAGAACAGUGAAAUUGUCUGGUCCAUUAAAUCUUUUCCAGGUGGAAAAGAAUACCUGAUGAGAGCUCACUUUGGACUUCCAAGUGUUGAAGCUGAAGACAAGGAAGGAAAACCUCCCAUUAGUGUCAAGUUUGAGAUUCCCUAUUUCACCACUUCAGGAAUCCAGGUUCGUUACUUAAAGAUAAUUGAGAAGAGUGGCUACCAGGCCUUGCCCUGGGUCAGGUACAUCACCCAGAAUGGAGACUACCAGCUCCGAACACAGUAAAACCUCACAGGCACCACAGGCCCCAAACCUUCAAGCCUACAAUUCAUUUGCAGAAGCUGCUGUGGUCCUGAGAGCUGUGAAUGUUGUUGCCAAGGGUCUCGUUUCUGCAAUCUUGAAUUGACAGAAGAAAGAUUGGAAAUUUACUGAUUUCAAUAAUGUGUUUGAGCUUUUGAACCAUUAGUAUUGAUUGUGUGAAUAUUUAUUUCAUUCUUAGAACAUGCUGAUCUUGCUGCUAAAUGCUAAUUACAUUAGGAGUAGCAGUUACAUGGAGGAGCCAGGAAUCCAGAAUGAACCUUGGGAAUGUCUUGUCGAUGCCUUGUCCGUUACAGUCACAGAGUUUCUGAUAUUUGUAUUUUAGGAUCCCUAAAGACAUUGGCAGCGUUAUGCUACAAAUUAGGGAGAUGAUUGUGCAAUUAAAUGACUGCUGAACACUUGGUUGUAUUUAGCCCAAGGUAUUUAUUUUUUUUUUUCUGGGCAUUUGGGUGCCUUAACUCAUUCAUAGCUCUGUUAACUUAAAAAAAAAUUGCAGAAUAUGAGUUGAAAUUAUCUGAAGUCAGAAAAUACCGUUAGCUUUUUUUGCAUGGUUUCAAAGGAAUUAAUCUGAGAGAAGAGCUUCAAGCGAAAGGUUUGGAAACAAAAAUAGGGGUUUGCUAAAGACUAAAGUUAGCUGAGAACAAGAGGUGACAGGAGUAAAUGCUUGUGGGAGUUUCUGGAAGCAGGAUUGCUGCCUCCAGUCAGUCAAAAUGCAGAUGAAAGAGUUCCAACCUUGUGACCCCAGGCCUGGAAACCCUCUGCCAACUGACCAGUAUUUGCUUUUUCAAAUUUCUGUUCAUCAAACAAAUUCCCAAUUGUCACAUGUAGGCACAAAGCUUUAGAUGAGGUGUUAAAAGACCAGAACACUUGUAGAGGGAAUGUGAUUUGGUAGGAAGAUUGGGUGUUAUGAUUCUUUUUCCAGAUCACAGUAAUGUACUCCAAGCUCUUCCUGGAAGUUACUGCAUAAGAAGAGGCCGACAAAAAUACAGUUGCCAUCUUUCUUCCAGCUUGCCUUUUGUGUUAAUUUAGGGCAAAUACUUCCCCUUUUUUGCUAUAGUUUGCUAGAAUUGUUUAACUUCAUUUGCCCUAAGGAGAGAUGUUUUCUUUCUCAGUCUUGUCCGUUUGUAAACAGCUAUUACUGUAUCUUCCUGGCAGAAUGAAUAACAGUCUGCAAUGUUAUUCUUAAAGGUAUUAUUUUUUUUACAUGCCAUUUCAUUUUUUUUCUCAGAAGCUACAAUUGGCACGGGUGUACAUAGUUAUUUUGGGUUUUGGUGAGGUUUUUUUUUCAGGAAAAUUGUGACGGUUAUCAGUAUUUUCUUUAUACAACUUUUAGGACGUUUUAGCUUGAAUUUAGUACUCCUGAGAGGUGCUAAACUUACACCAUCAAAAUCUAAAUAUCUAUGUCUGCAGCUGUGAUGUGAUAAUACACUGUGUGCAAAAUUCUCCACUGGUGGGAGAGUCCAGGAGUGUCCACAAAGAGUGAGAAGGCAUUUCAGUCACUGUCCUCACUGAAUCCUUGUUGUACAUAGCUACACCUGUGUGUACAGUUAGCCAAAACCAGCUCAGCUCCCCCCAGGCUGCAGCUGCUGUGACAUCACAGAAGAUAAGCCUCAGGAAAUCCAGUGUCUGGUGGUGCUUGGCAGCAAGCACACACCCAGGUUUUGGCAGCCGUGGGUGUGGGCAGGUGUGUUCUGACUCUGCUUGUCACCCAAAAAGCUUGAUGUUGAAACAGAAUCAUCUUGUUCAAGAUUUCAGUUCCACUACUCAUUUUCAUUUGAACAAUUAAGCUUAUGACUGGACUAAAACUUUUUAUAUUAAAACUGUAACUGGUUGACAAAUCACUUUCUGCUGACUUUAUUUUUCCAAGUGUUUGCUCUAAUUAUGCCUGUAAAAUGUGACUAUCCAUAGCUUUGUUUUCCUCUUGAAGUUUGGAUCUUGUGGACCAGAACCAUGUUUUCUCCUGUUUUGUUGCAGUUUAACUGUUUUGAUGAUGGGGCAUCAGCCAUGCUUGUCCAGAAGGUAAUAAAGGGCAGAAAGUCCUCUUUGA